CCAUCGGAAAGCAAAGUAAUAGCCAACGAAGAGAAUCAGGAUGAAGAGAUACUGGAUGAAAAAGGAGAGCAAAAAAUUACUAAAGAUGGAGAGCUUCUCGGAGGCCGAAAGUUUAAGGUACCAGUUUUUCAAUUGCCAACUCGUGGAAACACUUGGUAUAUGUGUUCUAUGGAUCCGGCCAAAGUUCUUGGAUUUCGUGAUAGUUAUUUGUUCUUUACGAAAAAUCAAUCAUUAAAAAGAAUAACUGUAACCGAUGAAGAGCGCGAUUAUCUCAUUUCUACAGGAAUUUUACCGACAAUUUUUCGAAGUAGACCAAUUGCUAUUGUAUCUGCAAGGUCAAUUUUUAAAAUGUUUGGUUCGAGAAUUAUUCAAAAUGGUAAACGGCGACGAGAUGAUUAUUUUGAAUCUUCGAUUAAAUUUGAUGAUGAUCCAAGUGGUAAAGACUCGGAGGCGGAAAGCACUAUUAAAGUCCUGCCAAGACGUUCCAAUACUAGUCACAUUAUUAUUAAUGAACCAAAUAGCUGGAUGUACCAGCUCGCGCUUUCUUCUAGAGAAUUUAACACACGAAUGAAAAUAUGUCGGCAUGAGAGUCUUAAAUUUUAUGAUCCUCACACUAACAUCGAGCAAGUCCCUCUUGAUACACAAUCAACGCGAAUUCGGGUGGAAAUGAUAUCACCACCAUUUCCAUUGUCUUCUCCGGCAAGAAAUAAUACAUCUACUACAAUUAUAGAACCAGAAAUUAAGUUUUAUCCACUUCCUGCAAAUCCACUUCGGACACUUGAAUCAGAGGUCAUGGAUGUUUUACCAGAAGAUAUAAAGAAAAUUGUUGUUGAUAUUAAAAAGAAAGAUGAAAUUGCCCGUUACGAGGAAGAAAAUAAGCAUCCUAUUGCAUUAAUGAGAAAUCAAAUCCAAACCUCAUAUCCAUUGCAUAGUUCAAGAUUUCAACCUGAUCCUUCCAAAACGGCAACACCUAUGGUACCUUAUAACCCUCCUAGAGCAACCGUUACGAAUGAUGAUCAACCUUAUAACUCGUACAAUAAAAAUUCGAUUUUAUCUCAAACAUCCAUUAAUCAAAAUCUGAACCAGAUCGGAAAAAUUGGGCCACAGUAUACGUCAAGUAAAGCAAAUCCUCAAUUUAUCUGUGGAGUCAUAACUGCUACAACUGGACAACCAUGUAGGCGUGCUGUAACCGCUGAUGGGGAAAGAUGUAUGUAUCACAAAGAUUCCUCCAAUGUACCUGGAAAAUCUUCUAUAAAGCCCAAAUCAGAGGUUGUUCAAAUGGAUUCAGUUAUGCCAAAUAUAACUGCCGAGUCUUCCAGAGUUGUACCAGCUUUUUCAUCGAAUACGCAGUCUUUUCUUGUUCUUCCGGAAAAUGCUUGUGCAAUAUGUUUUUCCACUACUCUUCCCACAACAAUCGCACCACCUGUGAACGGUGCACCAUGUUCAAAUACUCAUACUAUCAAAUGUUCCCAAUGUCAUCGCAAAUAUCAUCCACUUUGUCUCUCCCUCACUACCCCAAGGCUUAUGGUAGCUAUGGAAAGUUACCAAUGGCUAUGUAACGAUUGUAAAACAUGUGUUGUAUGUAGAACAUCUGGUGAUGAAGCGACACUAUUAAUUUGCGAUGAUUGUGACCGUGGUUGGCAUCUUGAUUGUAGCUCACCAAAAGUAACGGAAGUACCACAAGGUCCUUGGCUAUGUUCACUCUGUGCGCAAUGUGACUCAUGUGAUGAAAAAGCUGCGUCUCUAAAUGAUGCGGCAAGUGGUUAUCAUCAUAUUAAUGCAAAACCUGAAAAUGUAAAUUAUCCAAUUUAUUUGGCAACUAUUUGCGGCAAAUGUAAAGACAAUUUCUCUCAAGAUCGUUUUUGUCCUAUAUGUCUCAAAACAUACUCUGAAGAUGAACAAGAAAGUGAUGACGACAAGGAUAUGAUUUGUUGCGAUCAAUGUGAUAGAUGGAUUCACUCUAGAUGUGAUUCGGCUCUUACACCUGAAUUAUAUCAAGAAUUGGUUGAAGUUCCUGAUACAAAGUACAAAUGCCCGCUGUGUAAGGGGCUAAUUCAAACUUUAGUUGAAGGGAGUGAAGAACAAUAUAAAGCAUUAUCUGGAUUUCCAAUGGCGAAACCAGUUGCCUCGAUCUCAG